AUGGUCACCCAUGAUCAUUGCUACUGUGGGACUUUCCAUGUUCCAAACGGUGUUGGCAGCGUCGGUCCUUUCGAGUUGGGGGUGUUGGUGCUGUCUACGUUCAAGUUAUGUGGGCUUAAUUACUGUCUCGAUACGUGGCGAUCGUGGCGUCUUCUUCCUACGCCCUCUUCCAGCUUGACGAACAAGGAGACCCGCGGUCCCUGUCAGCCGCUAUCCGCUACGGUUUCACCUCCUGGACUACUUAGUAUGGAUGACUUAGUGCUUCCAAAGUCUUUCAACGACGUCUGUCCUUCGCCUACUCCCAGCAUGGACUUCGAGGCACCCUGGUAUCGCUAUUGCCGACCCACGGCCCCGGUGCCCUCCGUGUCUGACUGUGUUGAGGUGGCCACGACUCCCAUUGCCGCUGCCGCCGCCGGGGAUCUCCUGGAGGACCAUCUAGAUCAGGAGAAUUUCUCCCCUCCUCAUCAUCCUACCGCCUCUCCUCCUUUCGUCCUACCUUUGACCACUGUAUCCAACAUUCUCUUGAGCCCCAUCAUGUUUGGUGAGCGUCUGCCCAAGUGGUCGGUUCUCCACAGGUCAGAGAGCAGUCAUUUGCCCCAGUAUCCCUCCUCCUCUUCCCUCCCAGAGCUGCUCACUUGGGCCCCUUUUCGUUCGACGGAUGACGAAGAGCUCAAUGCGUACAUCGUCCCACCCCGCGACUCCCCCCAAACCUCUCCAAUACCCGUCUUUGAUCGGCGGCGCUCUCGGUUCACUAGUCGCGCAGCUCCCGGCAUUGCCCGACCAACUGUACUCAAUUGCGGACCCACCUUGUCUUUCGACACUGUGGCUACUCGCAUCAUCGACUUCCGCCCUCUCAAAAGAUCAGCCACCAACGACCGUAGCACAUCAGAAGAGCUGUCAGUGAAAAAGAUUCGACUGCACUCCCUUGUGCCCAGUGAGCGCAGUGCAUUUCUUCCUGUUGUGCAUCGGGGAAGGAGCAUGGUCAACUCCUUGGACUCGUCUUCCGUCUCAAACAGUCCAACCUAUACGUUGCCGUCUCUCUUGCCUUCGAGUUCCAUUUGA